AUGUUAUAAUAAUAGAAGAUCAAUUUUAAGUGUAAGUCACACCAAAAUGAAAACAUUUAAUUCUGCUGUCUCAAAAAGGAUUGCACAGAAGAAAGAAUGGUUUGCUUCUUAUGCUUGAAAAAGACAGAACAUCUCUUACAUAUGGAUGAUGUUGGUAAAUUUGAGGAUGUUGAAUUGGUAAUCAAUAAUGAAUCGAGGAAACUUAAAGAGGCUAUUACAACUUCAAAAUAUAUGUUUAAUUAGGUUUAGAACUCGUUCAAAAAUUUAAUCCGAGGAUUGGAAGAUAGAGUCUUUGGAAUAGAGGCAACUAUUAAUUUAAUGGACUUAAGUGAAUUUUAAGAUACACUAUCAUCAUCUUUAAUAUUCGAAAAAAUUCAACUGGCAAUUUAAUAAUCAAUUGAACCAUAAAUAGCUAAGUUAAGAAAAACUAUUGAAGAAGUAUAUUAAAAUUGUUAAUUAAAUAUAUUUACAAAGAAGGAUGAGUAAAUCUUGGUUCUAAUUGGUAUGAUUUAACUAUAAAAAAUAGGAAACUAUUUAUUCAAAUAAUAAGCUUAUUAAGAGGCUAUUAAAUACUAUGAAGAAUGUUUAAGCAUGAAUUCCAAAAAUGAAGAAGCUUUAUUUGGAAAGGGUAAAAUCUCAUUAUAUUUCAAGCUGAGUGUUUAAGGGUCACACAAAAAUUUAACUUGGCUAUAGAAUUUUAUUAAAAAGUACAAUCGAUAAAUUAAAGCAAUCCUCAAGUUUACAUUCAACAAGGUUUAGAAUAAUUGAUUUUUUUAGGAGAGUGCUUACAAUAUUUACAUAAAUUUAAGAGUGCAAUUAAGUGUUACGAUCAAGCUUUACAAAUAAACUAAACUGAUUUUAAAUCAAUUUAUCUUAAGGGUAAAAGAUCAAAAAAUACUUAGGUUAUUGCUUACAAGCAAUAUAGAAUUUUAAACAAGCAAAAGAAUGUUUCAAUUAAAUAAUUCAAGCUGGAUCUGAUGAAAUUUACACACUUCUUGCUAAAAGUAAGAUAUUUUUGAGAAAUAGGCAUGUUAUUAACAUAAUAAUUAGAGCUGGUUAAAGCAACACAAAUACUUGACUAAAUUUUAGAUAAUUCUCCUUUUAAUUGUAACGCUUUAUAUUUGAAAAGUAAAAAUUAGCCUAUGUAAUUUAGUUGAAUGUCUUAUUCUAUCAGAAAACUUCUAGGAAGCCUUAAUAGCUUGUGAAUCAAUAAUUUAAAGAUAUCCAAAAGAUACAAGAGUUUUAUUCUUCAAAGGUAUAUAUAUUCUAUAAUCAUAAGGAUCUCUAUUAAUUCAAAGUUAAAAUUUUGCAGAAGCUAAUAAGUUAAUAGAAGAGCUUAUGGAAAUAGAUGAAACAUUAUGGAUAAUUUAAUAUUUAAGAGGUGAAGAUUAUUUAAUUUCUAGCUUUGCUUUUAUUAUAGGAGGAUAAGAUGGAACAGAGUUUGGAACUACUUGAUAACAUUUUGGCUAUUAAUCCAUAAAACAUAUCGGCGCUGAAGCAAAAAGGUAAAUGCUUUAAUAGUUUUAGCAUUAAUUCUCAAUAUAAAAGAUCCUGAAUAGAGUACAAAAUUUUAUGAUGAGUUGUAAAUCAAAUAACAAUAUGAAUUACUUCCUUUAAUUUUAAAAGGCGAAUUUUUAUAUCUAACUGAAAAAUUUGAAGAAGCUAUCUCCACUUUUAACAUAAUUUUAUCUUAAGAUCCAGAUUUUUGUUAAAUAUAAAUAUUGAAGGGUGAUAUAUCUUUAAUUUUUAGUUUAAUGUUUAAUGGAAUUAAAAAACUAUCAAGAGGCCAUUGAUUUUUGUGAUAAAAUUCUGGAUGUUUAUGAAGAGAAUGAAAUUUUUAAGACAAUAAAGAGUAAUAUAUUAACGAAUAUAUUAGAUUAAGCCUUAGAAAAAAUAGAAAACGGAGAUGAGUAAGUAGAAGAAGAAGAGGUUGAAUAGCAAGAAAUAGAUAAAGUUUGA